CAAAACACCCCUUCACAACGCAUCUCUCGUCUUGCCCCAGCUUUCCCUCUUACAACUGUUCAUUGCCGCCCAUUUCGCACACAAAGAUCAAUACAAACUCUCCAUCGAGCGACCCCGAACCCUUGCCACACACUUCCUGUAUCCCGUCCUCGCCUAGACCACGUAGCAUACACGCUACAGAAGUAUGAUGGGUUUUCUUUCGACCGCAAGUGCUCAUGUCAAAGGCAGCACUAGACCACGCGCUGGAUCAUCAAACACCAACGGAGAGGGAGCACCUGAGGGUACAGACCCAGAUGAUACAUCGAUCUUAGAUGAGAAGGAGGGGUCCAUAAUUACUUCGCUCAUUUCGCAACUUCGGGUUGGCAUGGACUUAUCGAAGGUCACGUUCCCGACAUUCGUCCUCGAGCCUCGAAGUAUGCUUGAGCGAAUCACCGACUUCAUGGCGCACCCUGACCUCAUCUUUGGCGCCGAAGAGUGCGAUGACCCCGAAGAGCGGUUCAUGAAGGUGUUGCAGUAUUACCUGGCCGGUUGGCAUAUCAAGCCGAAGGGCGUGAAGAAGCCAUACAACCCCGUCCUCGGCGAGUUUUUCCGGUGCAGAUACGACUAUCCGAACGGCACGCAGGGUUUCUACAUUGCCGAGCAAGUAUCGCACCAUCCUCCCAUCUCCGCUUUUUACUAUAUUUCGCCAGCUAAUAAGGUCUCGAUCGUCGGUGAGCUCCGGCCAAAGUCGAAGUUCUUGGGGAAUAGUGUUUCGACGACGAUGGAGGGCGAAAACCGGGUGCAGCUAUUGGGCCGGCCAGAAGAUGGAGAGUACGUGAUCACCAUGCCGAACAUGUAUGCCCGGGGAAUCCUUUUCGGCAAGAUGGUGCUCGAGCUUGGCGACAUGUGUACUGCCACGAAUAAGGCGCACGGGCUGCAAUGCGACCUCGAGUUCAAGACGAAGGGCUUUUUCUCUGGGACGUACAACGCCAUCGCCGGGCGGGUGCAUAAAGGGUCGACGGACAUCGGCGAGGUGAGCGGCAAGUGGAGUCAGCUCAUGGAGUUCAAGAGCAGCAAGACUGGAGUGAAAUCUUCUCUUUUUGAUGCACAGAAAGACGGCCAGAAUGUGGCGCCGAAGUGGGUCGCGCCAGAGUCAGAGCAGGAGCCGAACGAGUCGCGCAGAUUGUGGCGAGACUUGACCCUCGCGAUCCAGGCUAAGGAUAUGGAGGCUGCGACGGAUGCGAAAUCGAAGGUCGAGGACGUGCAGAGGGAGGAUAGGAAGCGGUUGGAUGAGAGCGGUGGGUCGCAUACGCCGAGGUUCUUCGAGUUGAGGAAUGGCAGGUGGGAGCCAAAGUUACGAUUGCCCGAGGAUCCGGAAGAGGCAGUUAAAGCGGUUCAAGCAUGGAUAUGGAGUUCCCCCUCUGCAUCUUGAUGCCCUCGUGUCGUCACCACUUCUUAGACAAGCGGCCAACAGCAUCAUUUUCUCCUUCAUCCCACUAUUCGCCCACUAUUGUACUACAUCCAAGGGUCCUUAUCUAUGUUGUACACGAACCGGCCGUUCUUCGCGUCCCUCGCCCGUCGUCUCCUCAUCCCAUUCUAUGAGCCCCUCAUGUCAUCAUGACGCUGCGUUAACGGACACUAAUAUCCAUGUCUCGUUGUCGGGUUGGUGUGUUCACGCAUUUACAUCGUUGCUAGUGUUUUCAAGUCUUUUUGUCGAUGGUCAUGAAGAAGGUUAUCCCAUAUUUGUAUAGUUCGAUUAGUAGGCCAGCUGCGAUGCGAUACAAGUUUCAUCAUAGAAUCUGC